AUGCUGAAAAUCCAGGCCCAGUUGAUUGAUGCUCAAGAAGCUAGUUGUUUCAGAGGUCCAAAUCAGGAUUAUAUUUGCCCAACGUGUGAAUCUGGUUUUAUUGAAGAACUUCCGGAGGAGCCCAGGAAUGCUGAGAAUGGUUCCAACUCUUCCGCAUCGACCAGCGAUCAGAGCAGGCAUCCAUUCGAGAACGUGGAUCAACACUUAUUUACCUUGCCGCAGGGCUAUGGCCAGUUCGCCUUUGGGAUUUUUGAUGACAGCUUUGAGUUUCCUGCCUUUGGGUCCAGUGGCCAAUCUGAAGACAACAGGGACUCCGAGAACCGGCGGGAGAGAGAACAUCAGUCUCGGCACAGAUAUGGCGCAAGGCAGCCCCGAGCCCGUCUCACUGCGCGGCGUGCCACUGGCAGGCACGAGGGAGUCCCAACGCUGGAAGGAAUUAUACAGCAGCUGGUUAACGGCAUUAUUGCACCUACAACGAUACCAAACCUAGGACUCGGCCCUUGGGGAGUCUUGCAUUCGAAUCCAAUGGACUAUGCCUGGGGUGCCAAUGGCUUGGAUGCAAUUAUUACACAGUUAUUAAAUCAAUUUGAAAACACUGGCCCCCCUCCAGCAGACAAAGAAAAGAUCCAAGCGCUCCCCACCGUUCAGAUAACAGAGGAACACGUAGGUUCCGGGCUCGAGUGUCCUGUAUGUAAAGAGGAUUACACACUCGGUGAAAACGUCCGGCAAUUACCCUGCAAUCAUCUAUUCCACAAUGGCUGUAUAGUCCCUUGGCUGGAACAGCACGACACGUGCCCCGUGUGCCGGAAAAGUUUAAGUGGACAAAACACAGCCACGAAUCCCCCAGGACUCACAGGGAUGAAUUUCUCCUCCUCCUCGUCUUCCUCUUCCUCCAGCUCACCAAGUAAUGAAAACUCGUCAAACAACUCAUGAAUCCUAGCCCAGCCCCUGUCCCGCGUUCCCUGUCCAUAGCCCUUCCUCCCUAGCCAACAUAAGCAACUAAGGGCCUUCCGGAGCGGAGCAAUGGGGGGAACUGAAACCCAGAAAUUCCCUCACGAGGCCCCUGGUUCUUCAGAGACGAGACACCUCAGGCUCUCCAGUGAGGGGGGAAGUUCUCUGAAUUCAUCGUGUCGCCGCGUGGACUCUUAAAACUGCCAUGAAAGGCCAUUAAGCUUCACAAAUUGGAAACCCAAGGCGCUGAGCGAUUGGCUGCGACUCCAGCUGGGGGAAGGUGGUUUUGUAUGGUUUUGAGAUUCCGCUCUUUAUAGUGUGCCCCCCCUUCCCCCGGUCCUCCCUCCCUUAUGCUUUGAAGUUUUGAACCUUUAAAA